AUGUCCUCUCCCGAUCCUCCAACCCGUCCCGCCACCCCCGCCGAAUUCGUCGCCAACCAUCUCACCGCCCUCGAGAUCAACAAUCCGGAACCACACGAGUGCAAUAUCUGUCACGAAAUGCUCAACGCCAAUCAUCCAGCGGUCCAGAUCACGGGCAUCGAUGGCUGCCAUCAUAUUUUUGGGCGAAGCUGCUUGAUGACGUGGAUUGGCAGUGUUAACUUCAACCAUGACAAGUGCCCAAUGUGCAGGAUUACGCUGUUUGGGCGUGGGAAUGAACUGGGUCCAGAUGGAAGAGUUCCGCACCUACGAUAUCAUCAGCUUGCAAUGGCGCGUGCGGCCCGCUGGCACAUCGAUGAACUGACUCGGCCACGUCAUCGCUAUGCCGCUGGACUGGAUGACCGGGUGGAAUUUACUCAGCUAGACAAUUCGGUACCUCCGACUAAUGCUGCUCUGCGCGACCUCUCAGCACUUCGAGGACGACUUCUUCAAGCGCGGGAUCAGGCCAGCUCUGCGGCCGGCGGUCAACAACAGGGCGGUAUGGCUGCGCGUCCAGAACCUACGCAGCAGACCACGCCAAUUCCUACGCGAGGUCGGCCGGUUGCUGGUUCUCUCUUUGGGGCUCUUAGGAGGGAUGUUGAUGAGCAACAAGCUACGGCGGGUGCUGCGCAAUUCCCUGAACGGCAUCGAAUCGACGUGGCACCUCUUCCGGAGGGCCUUCAGCGGGACCUGGCUGCACGCCGUAUACACAACGAUACACCCGGCCUUCGUCGGUUCGAAGCUCCUCUGGGACGUCCUGGGGAGCAGGAAACUCAGGACUCGGGGUAUCAGCAGCAGAACAAGACGGCUGUUCCUGUGAACCUCACCUUACAGCAUGUUCCGGGAGCCCCCAGACCAAGUCGGGGCCCUCUUCUUCCCCGCGCCCGGACAGGUCCUAGGGAUGAUCUCUCGGCUCCACGUAGUCGCUACGAAGCUCUGAGGGAUAGAGUUCGAGCAUUUCGGAACGAGCAUCAGGGCACCGUGCCUACCUUCCCAGAACCUACUGAGCAGCAAACUUCGAUCCGGUCUGAGCUCGAUCAAAGGCAUGCCAGGAUGGCAGCUAUCAACGAAGGUCAUCUAGAUCAGCGGGAUCAGGAGAUGCGGGAGCAUCAGAAUCGACAGCGUGCUCGGGGGCGCUUGAUGCACAACCAUGCCCAGCUCCACCGGGAGCUUUCUCUUAGGGAGGAUUCUCUCCGCAUGGAACAAGAUCGGCGGUGGGACCUAGAGGUCCGGCUAGAGGAGACCCAGCAACGCGAAGUGGAAGCUCGGCAGGCCGUUGAGGAGGUUCGGCGACGGAUUGCAGAGGCUUCGCAGCGGGAAGAGGAGUUUGAGCGGGAAGAGCAACUUCAGCGAGAGGGAGCCGGGCUUAUAGUCGCGGCGACAGGUAGAAAUGCCACGGGACCGGCCGAGCUGGUGGCCGCUUUGCGGAACGCAGUGGACCUUCCAAUGCCGUAUGACGAGCGUUACCUGCAUGCUCAGAUGGGGAGUUCUGUGACGCUACAGCGGGCAGGUAUGCCGUCGAAUGAACUCGGACGACUGCACUUCGAAGCGUAUCAACAUCAGCACAUACAGGAGGAACAGUGGCGCUCAGAACAGGAGCAGCAGCAGCGGCGCUCAGAUCAGGCUCAUUAGGACGUCGAAGAGGUUUUACUUCCACCGUUUCUUCAUGAUAAUAGUCGUCCGAGAGUGCGACCGUCCAGUGUCAUAGUCAUCCUACUAGUCCGCGACUAGAACUGGUACUUCUGGUCUCAAAACGGCAACCUAACACCUCGACUAUCUUCAGACCUCCUCAGUUCGGACCUAGGUAUAGGACUCGAAAAAGAUCAUUACACAAUGCUUGGAUGGGAGUUUACGCACUUCAGAAAUCACAAAAACCGGGGUUGAGAGGUAAGAUCGUCAAAGUCCAAAAUAGAUAGACU